AUGUCAGUUCAACAAUUUGCAUCAAAGUUACAAAAUAUUGAUAAACUUGCUAGAAUGACCCUUGCACAAAUUUGUGAGCAAUGUGAUAUGUUUUUUCAGAUAAUGGAUGAGCAACUAAAAAAUUUGGCAGAGCUCGAAGCAUAUGCACUUAGUCAAA